AGCUUCAGUUACUUAUCUAAAAUAUUGCCCAGCGUGUGAUUUAAAAAUACAACAGCCAUAUGUGAUAUUUAAAAGACAACAAUCGUCAAAUCCAAAUAUUUAUUUAGGAUACAUGAUAAAUUCGUUUUUUUGAUGCGUUUAAUGUUGAUAAAAUGGCACACAUUUAUUGUUCAACGCACUUAGAAUGGAGAAAGAGAAAACAUGUUCCACUGAAGAGAUCAACAACACUUCGAAACACUCUGCAGAGGGGAGUGGUGACGUUAUUUUCAAGCCAUGGCAGUGAACCACUGAAAUUCUGGUCUAUCACACCAGGGAAUGGGUCCAUCCAGCGGGUUCGCUCCCCAGACAUAGAAGGUUUGGUUUUAGAUAUUACCUCGGAAUCGUUUUGCCAAACAUACAUCGCUGCCCCGGAAGACACUCGGCUGAAGUUAGGCUGCACCUUGUCUGUGCUCAGUAUUAUAAUGGAGUACUUGAAUCUGCCAUUUUGUUUUGAAUUUCAGCUGAAAGACAGCAAAAAUAUGAAACGCCGAUAUCGAGUCAGCACGUCUAGGAGUAAGAACAUGUUGCUGAAUUCGCUACUUUGCCACCUGCCAUUGCAGCUCGAUGUGAGUUGGAACAAAAUUGUAGUGGAUUUGCGGCUGUUAACUAAACUGACUUAUGGCAGCGAUUACAGGGAGCUUCUUGGCUUGCAGAUUUAUGCUAACUGUAGACUUCGAAAUGUUUACGUUUCGGACAGGAAAUACUCGGAAGACGAACUCCCAAAAGAGUAUGUCAUGAAGGAACCUCGUCUUCGGCAUCAAAGGGAAUUCAAAACGCGCUUGACCAUGGAUCACUUAUAUCCAUCCUAUUAA